CACCGUCUCACCGAACCCCCGUAUCCUCAACACAACUAUUGCAGUUUUUUUCCCCCAAGUCCUCCAUUGGACUAUUCUCAGAUAGCUUCCAACGCACUAGCUGUGGUGGUUCUUUCAAAAAGGCGAAAAAACAAAGAACUAGCUUUGGGCAGUUACCACAACUUCCUACUUGGAUAGCGUUCCUGGUAUUCUCUGUUUUAGAUAAGAUAGUACAUAUAAUACUCCUAAAAACCAAAUGUUUCGAUUGCUUGGGAUUUCCAGUUCCAACUUAAAAAGACCCCGAAUAAUUAAGAAAGUUCAUACAAAUUAUUUCCCAUACCUUAAUAAUCCUCGGUCGUUGACUUUUAUUUGACUAGUAAAAAAAAGAUGCUCUGUUUCUGCGGUUUAAUCGAAAAUUUCAAGUUAAAUAUUAUUAUUAGCUAUCUGAUGUAAUUACAAUACAGCUUUGAUUAUAUUUCUGGUGAACAAAACAAUAAAUAAUAUUUAGUUGGCUCUAAAAGAAUCACGAUCCUAGACAUUGGAUUCAUGUUUACAUUGUGCAUAGAAAGUUACUAUAUGUAUUUCUAAGUAUAAAAUAGUUUUAUAUCUAGAUUAAUACUAUUUAACAUAUAUUCCAGUUAAUAUUGGAAUGUUGGUUUUUGGACAUUUAGUUAGGGUUCUCGAAACAUUGUUUAUUUUUUGAUGCAUUUCCAUUAACAUGGCACUACUUCCUUUUAACUAUUUCCCAGUGCGAUAAACUGUUAGCCAUUCCGCAGAUACUAUUGCCAAAGACUUUUCCAAGUGUUUCAGCUUGGAAAUUGUGGCCUGCAAAUAUUGGUCAGUAAUUUCUAUUAUUGGCAAAGGUUUUCCUGAAGGUCAAGCUGUUUUCAAAGUUGAGGAGGAAACCCUUGGCCCUCGACCGGUAACAAAGACAAAUGUUGAGGUUGCAUGCAUAGUAAGGGGAGCAAUGGCUCGGGGGCCUGUGUACUUUUGGGAGCAAUGGGACAUCCAAAUUCUGGUGAUCCUGAGCUUCACCCUGCAAGUCAUACUCCUCUUGUUCGCGGGGACCCGCCGGCGUGCAGGCUUGGGAUUGUUCAGGACCCUCCUCUGGCUGGCGUACCUGAUGGCCGACUACACCGCGAUCUAUGCCCUUGGCCACAUGUCCAUCAGCAGCAGGUCAGGCGGACACCAACUCAUGCCGUUCUGGGCUCCGUUCCUCCUGCUUCACCUCGGUGGCCCGGACACCAUCACCGCCUACGCCUUCCAGGACAACCAGCUCUGGCUGCGCCACCUCCUCACUCUCGUGGUGCAGGUCAUCGGGGCGGCCUAUGUCCUCUUCCAGUUUGUCGCAGUUGGGAGGAAUUCUAGCACCCUGCUGGUAGCCGCUGCCUUGAUGUUCAUCUCCGGUUGCCUCAAGUACGGGGAGAGGACAUGGGCGCUCAAGUGUGGCCACAUGGAUAGCAUCACAAGCUAUCAGCACAGGUAUGAUUACAAACAGGGUGGUGUUCAUCGCAACCCUUAUCAAGGGAGGGAGGGCAGAAACAAGUUGGACACUGAGGAGGUCCUGUUGGCAGCCCACUACACGCAGAGUUUCUGGCAGGGAUUAUUGGCUGAUCUGUACGUGAUGCAGGCGUCUCAGUAUGACGUUGUGCGCCAAGGCAUCCGGUUGAACGGUGACCUGUACCUGUACGAGCUUAUUGGUAUGCAGCUCUCCCUCAUGUAUGACAUAUUAUACACGAAGGCGGCAGUGAUCCAUACAUGGUGUGGUUUCUGCAUUCGGAUCAUCUCACCGCUCUCCGCCGCCGCGGCAUUCUUGCUGUUUCAGUUCAGUGGCAAGGAUGCCUACAGCAGAGUUGAUAUCGUCAUCACCUAUGUUUUGCUGGUUGGAGCCCUGGUGUUGGAGGUGGCAUCAUCACUUAGGGCUGGAGGGUCGUCCUGGGCAUGCGCCACCUUGCAUGCCAGGGGAUGGCACCGUCUCUGCAGCGCAGUCAUGCGGGUUCGUCGGCUUCUCAAGGCAGCUGAAAGGAGGGCUUGCCUGAACUCAAUUGGACAGUAUAACCUACUGGAUAUCUGCACCGAUGCCAAGGACGACCUCAGAGGUAAGAUGGCCAAGAUGAUGGGUCUCCAGGGUUGGUGGCAGAAGCUGCAUUACGCAAGCACCAUCCCCAUCUCUGAUGGCAUCAAGACCUUGGUGAUAGCAGAGAUACGGAAAAGGGACAUAGAGGACCUGAGGAACGCACGGGGCAAGUGGAUACUCAAGGAGAGAAGAAUGUACGAGGAUCUCACGCGGGUCGCCGACGAGACCGAGCUGGACCGUUGCAUCAUCGCGUGGCACGUCGCCACCGACCUUUACCUCUCCAUGUGCCCGGAGGACGAGGAGGAGGGCGGCGGCGGCGGCGCCGCCUCCACGGUCCGUGACGACAUCAGGGUGCUCUCCAACUACAUGCUGUUCCUCCUGGUUGUGCAUCCCUACCAGUUGCCCGGAGCCGUUCGCAGCGUCCGGUUCAAGCAGAACUACUUGUAUUUCCACCAUCUGUGGUGGGAGCUUCUGAGGUCCUCCAAGGAAGAGACCCUCAACUCCUCUAGAUCGAGUAUCGUCAAGAAAAUAGCCGAGUAUCUGAUCCCGGCUGAUAAAAUGCACAAGUAUGUUUCCGGCGUCGGCGAAGAACGUUACGGCGAGAUGUCAGCUUAUGUGGAUGGAUAUUGGCUUGCCGGGAUGCUGCUCGGCAACAGGUGGCGCCUGCCCAUCGCCGACGUGCUGCAGGUGAUCGCCGGGGUGUGGGUGGAGAUGCUGUGCUACGCUGCCAACCACUGCGGCGAGGAGUCCCACGCCAGGAAGCUCAGCACCGGGGGAGAGUUCAUCAAUGCCGUCUGGAUUCUCAUGGCGCACACCAACAGGUUCCGUAAGGGACUCAUAAGGGGGGUUAGUUCCUCUGACUCUGACGACGAGUCCCUCUGACAUCGCCUCUAGAGACAAAUUAAAAUUAAUGUGGCUAAAACCAUCCACACCGUAUCAUACAAUGCUUUGUGAGCCAAAUCUAUUUUUUGUCUCGUAAUAUAUGAUGGCUUUGCAUCAAUACUAUUGCCUGCUUAUUAAUUAGUUUCAAUUUUGUCA